AUGGCCACGACCGGCCCAUCCACCACGAUCCGUCCAGAUGCCUUCCCCGACUUCUUCACUAUGGGACGCCGGAGCGGGACUCAGCAAGAUCUUGCCCUCCUAGGCAUUACAGAUACGAACGAUCUAGCCAGCCCUAGUGAGGAUGGGUGGUUUGCGUCGGACUUUUACCUGUUUCACCAUCUCUUAUCCCCACGAUUCCCACGACCGCCCAACCAAAUAUGGUUGACGUGCGAAGACCCGGCGGCCCUCGUUAUAAAAUACCAUGAAUACCUUCAUGGUGACCCAGAAGGUGACCGUCGGGCAGUACUAGAUGGCGAGACACUCCCUAACAUCUUAGCGGCUGGGAACGUACGUGUUGUGCCACGGAAAGAUCUUCUCGAGAGGUACCUCGGAACACUACGAGAGCAAGCGGCUAAAGCGGCCUGCUAUGAAGAGCAUCUGGUCCUGCUGAUCUUUGGGCACGGCACCCCAGCCUAUGGGGUAGAGGUCGGAGGCUCUAUCCUACAAAUGGAAAGCCUUCACUAUAUACUGCAACCAAUAUCCUCCAUAACUAUCUUUACUACGUCGUGUUACUCCGGUGGCUGGCUCGUCCACCAAUUCGCUAAGCAACAACAGCUAAACUCCACAGCUAUAACAGCAGCGGGCGAUAAAAGUCUAUUAUCAUCGUGGGCCGUCAGCAGAAGUGCUGGGCGCGUUAGCGGUAGCUUAGCCGCCUCCGCCGUUCUACGCUGUCUAAUAGACGCAGAGGACGAAACCCAGGAGGUAAAACAGCAUCCCACUUACAUUCAAUUUUCGAAGUCAGUAUAUGACUGCGUGAAGGGGAUGGGAGCACUCGGUCAUUCCCAGCAGAUCUACUUCUCUGCAGAAAAUGACGAAUGGGAGAUGAGUUACCAACCUCGCCUCGGUCUGCCCCUAACAUCAUAUAAGGACAAGUGGCUCUCUCUACGACAGGUCCCUCCCUCCCCUUCCUUGGCCAGUGAGCCGGGGUCCGCCAAAACUGGCGGCCGGCGCCUCAAAAAUCUUAAGUAUCUCGCACAAGAGUACUUUGCUGCGAAGCCCGGUCCGAACGAAGCGGGCCCGAAUAUUGGCCUACAUAAUUGUCUCCGAUUUGUCCUCAAGGGUGCCACAUACCCACAGGAAAAGCUAGAUGACCUGACGGAAACAACAGCCUACAGGCUGGGGGCAAUGCACGAAGCGGACUUUUUAAGGGAGCAGAUAGGGCUGGAUUUCCCCUCAAUCUUCGACAUAGAGACACCCCUAGCCCUGAAGGAGAAUCAGUCCCACAACCCAUUGUACGGAGAUACAUGGAGAUUGCUUCGGGACCGGGAGAUCUGUACAACUCCUAUUGGGAUCCGUCUGCAUUUUGCCAAGCCCCUCCAGUACCUUACAAUUGCACUAGUGGAGUCAUCAUCAUCCUGGGAGAUGAUUCAGGGCCAAGUGGAGGCUAUGGCCUCCAAGAAAAAGGCCUGGUUCCGGUUCAUCUACAAGGCGUGGAUGGGAAACCGAGUCGCCCAUGACGAAAGGGUGAUGAAGAGCAGACGAGCCUUCCUAGAGGCUUGCAAACAUCUCAGAAAUUAA